AUGUUCACCCUAGCAUUCCUUGGCCGCUUCGCGAGCUCCGAACAGGAGGUAAUAGUGGCCAUUGACGAACCGGGCAAAACGCAGUACCACGAGGCUAACUUCAACACGAGCUCCUAUCAGUACGGCUACAAUGUGGGCCCGAACGGUCAGUUCCAUCAUGAGACACGCGGACCGGACGGCGUCACGUACGGCUGCUACGGUUACAUUGAUCCCAACGGCCAGCUGCGCGUCACACACUACGUGGCAGACACACAUGGUUACCGAGUAGUCGAGCCCAAUCGGCCGGUCGAGAUAUUCGUUGACGCUCCGACCCAGUACAGCAACUCCAUUGUCGAGGACGAACCCCGUGAGAGACCGCGCGGACAGCUGCGACCGUGGACCGAGCUGUAUCUACCGAAGGGUUGCGGAAUGUUUCCGGGAGGCAUGCGUCCCGAAGGAAUGCCAGGCGCGACUCAACCCACACCGCGUCCCACGCCAGCACCGACAACACGACCCAGCACAACCGGUGGAAGCGGACCUACGCAAGGAAGCAAUCAACCGAACCAGGGGCAAGGUCAGUGGCAAGGUCAAGGUCAAUGGCAAGGACAGGGACAAUGGCAAGGCCAAGGACAAGGUCAAGGACAAGGUCAGAGUCACCAGGGACCGAUCAGUUCCGGGGAGCAUCAAUCGCAACACCAAGGCAGUCACCAGGGAAGCCAACAGGGUCCCCUGGGCUCCGGGCAGCAUCAAGGACAGCACCAGGGAAGUCAUCAAGGUAUCCACAGUGGACAGCACCAGGGAGAACAUCAGCACCAGCACCAGGGACCGAUCAGCGGUAGCAACCAGCAUCAGGGUAGCCACCAGGGAAGUCACCAGGGACUGUCACAGGGCGAGUUCCAGGCCCAGCACCAAGGGCAACACCAGAAACCGAUCAGUGGCAACACGGAGGACCACAAUCUCCAAGUGCAAGUUUCCUGGGGACAGGGAAUGGGGCAACAAGGAGGAGCACCACAGUCGCAAGGCCAAUCGCAAGGUCAGCAGUCGCAAGGCCAAUCGCCGGGUCAGCAGUCCCAAGGCCAAUCUCAAGGUCAGCAGUCGCAAGGCCAAUCGCAGUCACAGGGUCAGCAGUCCCAAGGCCAAUCGCAAGGUCAGCAGUCGCAAGGCCAAUCGCAAGGUCAGCAAUCGCAAGGCCAAUCGCAGGGUCAGCAGUCCCAAGGCCAGUCGCAAGGCCAAUCACAGGGUCAGCGACCGCCACUUGGAGGUAAAGUAUUGUGUACGACAACGGAGCCGCCCACUGGAGGUCAGGAACCAGCACCACCCGUUCCUGGAUCGCCUAGCACCGCGAUCGGUGUCCAUCCACCGACGAAGCCGAUCGACACGAGCUCACCGCCUGCGUCGAACGGUCCCGGACCGGGGCCGGAUAACCCCAACAACCCGAAUAACCCGAACUAUCAGAUAGCCGUCUCGCAGUAUCCGUACUUCUUCGUACCGUACCCGUACCCACCGCCUAACGUACCGCAGGCACCGUGCAACUGUCCCGCAGACAAUCAGCGGCCUAACCAGCAACAGCAGCAGCAACCGGGCCAACCGACCGGCUACCUUGGGUUCAUUCCGGUCAUCUACAUCCCGAACUGUCACGCCCAGAAGAGUGGGCUGCCGGCGAAUCUCAACUGGCCGGCUCCACCGCCACCGUCAGGUGUUGGACGUUCGCUGGACCAGCUGCCUGCCCAGCGGUUGUUCCAGAAGCCCGACGGUACCUGGGUGUUGCAGCGAGCCCGAUCCCGGCGGCUCCGUGCCCGACGGCCACCACCGACGGUAGCCACCCCGUUUGACGGGCCACUGGACACCGGCAAUCUAUUCGGGCGGAAGUAG